UAGCGCAUGCCAAGUGCGUGACAGAAAACUCGGUCCUUAGCUGACUGGUAGAGGGCUGACACGGCAGACAAAAGAGCAGCAUACGUAGCCACCAUUUGUUGACUACCCGUCGCCAGAGCAACCCGGGCACGCUCACACGUGAACUUGCAUCGCGCUCGUUCUCAAUCGUGACGGCAGUUCGCUCCGUUUGAAUCUGGUGACCAAUCUUUUUUUCAAGAUAGCGCUGUCUUUAAAAAAGGUGCUACAAAUAUGGAUGAUGAACCGAAAGGUAUGACUCCACCCCUGUUCUCCCCAUUUAUGCAAGUUCAGUAUCCCAGGCAACUGGUGGGAGCUGCUCUACAACAGACAGAUGCUGCAAUCCAACAGUAUCCCAGCCAGAAAACGCAAAGUCAACAAACAGAGCGCACAAGAGGAGGGCAGUCCGUUGAAACCUCAACAUCGCCAAAGAUGUGUGUGGCUCGCUCUCAAUAUCAGACCGCGGAAUUUGAGAGCACCUACCACCACCCAGAAUGGAUACAGCAUCGCUCUUCGCAACUGCUGGGUACGCAGAGGUCUUCUAUCAUCGACAAGGAAUGCAUUGUUUCCAGGCCAACAUGUACAACCGAAGUCAGAAUUAACGAGCAACUAUGUCCAGCAGGCUUUGAGAUCGAAACGCAGAAUUACCAUACGUCGGCCCCAUUCUACAACGAACAGGGAUUUAGCCUAUUCACACCUGACGGAUAUUGUGCUCCGCCAUACGAAGUAGAAACUAGAAUAGACAAUGAUCUUGGUCAACCAGUCGCACAAAAGGACUCCUCGGCAGCUCUGUACGAUGUGUCUGCAAGCACUCAGUUCUUCCAUGGCCGUCGAAGUGUGCAACGACAAAAUGUCUUCCCAAGCUAUGUUGCUGGAACGCACACACCUACAGGACCUAGCGCAGCGCCUCUGUCUGUGAGAGACACUCUUCCAAUAACCACCGGGACACUCGGGAGGACGUUUACGACCGACGUGACCACGGGUCUACUUCCCCUAGCUGAAAUUCUUACUCAAGCAUCGGUUCAGUUUGAAGAGGAACGUGAGAAAGAAAUGCUCGAUCGAGACUUGCUUCAAAUACGCGACACUAUCUUGGAGGCUGGCGAUCGAGGAGCAUCAAGGUCAGUGGAUAGCAGCAGGAAGCAGUUUGUGCCACAGUACCAGCUUUACCAGAAGCAGCUUCAACGGCAAAGCAGCAGUUCCAGCUUAUUAGGAGAUGUAGUUAACAUGCAAGCAAUCGCUCCAGAUAAACCGGAAGGAAAUGUCGACACGGUAUCUGAUUGUUUCAAGGCGAUGCAUCACGACGUGUACGAUAAUAUGCUUCCACACUUAACACCUGAUGGAGGUGAUGUACAGUCUUGUGUCACCCAACGACCUGCAUCCGUUCUUGACUUAGGUGCUGGAACGGAAGUAGCUGCCCAGCGACCUGGGCUUGCUGACUUAACUUCAACCUGCACAGCUCUGGGUCCCAUUACAGGAAUGUGGGAAGACGCUAUUCAAAAGAAUCGUGAAAACAUCCGAUAUAUGUUACGGUCGGUGCCCGUUGGAAACGGUGAUGCCGUUACCGCGUACGUCGUUGACGUCAUCGCAGAGGAAGCGGAGUUGGAUGACGAUAAAAAAAAGAAGAAAAAGAAAAAGAAAAAGAAGAAAAAGAAAAAGAAGAAGAAGAAGAAGAAAAAGAAGAAGAAGAAGAAGAAAAAGAAGAAGAAGAAAAAGAAGAAGAAGAAGAAAAAGAAGACGAAGAAGGGAAAGAAGAAGAAAAAGAAGGGAAAGAAGAAAAAGGGAAAGAAAAAGAAAGGAAAGAAGAAGAAAAAGGGAAAGAAAAAGAAAGGAAAGAAGAAGAAAAAGGGGAAGAAGAAAAAGAAAGGGAAGAAAAAGAAGCCGAAAAAACCUGAAGAAGCAGGAGCGGGAGAGGGCAGUUCCACAACGACCACACCGGCCUCCACAAGUACGCCGAGUACAACAACGACUAGCACGGCAAAGACAGCAGAAAAAGUGGGAGACGUGAAGUCCGAUACACAGACUGUUUCAACAAAGCCAGAAUUAAAGUCGCUGACGUGGACGCCUUUACUGUCCAGGAGUUCUCCAACCCCGAUGUUGCCUGCAAUCUGGACUCGAACAUCCAUCGCGACGUUGCCAUCCACUGGUUCGCCAGUAAGUCGUACGACUCAAACAACAAAGUCUGGAGAUCCGGGGCAGCGAAGGUCUUUAAGCGCCGUGAGCGACAGCGGUAGCGGUACUCAGAACUAUCGCUUUGUAACGCACGUAAUGCUGGGCAGCGGGAUUCAAACCUCGGAAGACUGGUCCUCCUCGAGCUCUAUAUCAGGGAGUGAAAGCAGGAGACAUUCUGCGGCAGAAAUGAGAUCCUUUGCCGCCAAAAGACCACCCUCGCAGUGCAACAACUGCAGUGCCAUCAUCCCGCUUCCGGAGGCUGAAGACCAGCCAUUUGCCAGGAGGUUCUCCUCGCCUCAACAACGGCGAUCGCAGCCAGCACGUUCCUCCGGAUGGAGAAGCCGUGGGCGCUCUUCUCCGCAAGUGUCACCAUCACUACCGUUCGAAGACGACUGGUCAUCAUCGGAAGGGUCGCCAGAACUACGGCGCCGGCGGUCUCGCUCCCCGUCCCGGAGGCGUCGGAGGCCUACGUCCAGGUCAUCCAGGCGACAUUCCAGGUCACGUUCUUCGACACGACGCCGCAGGAGAUCACGAUCUGAGUCUUCAUCUUCGGACGGCUAUUCCCGCCGACGUAGAUCCAGAAGCAGGGGCACACGUCCUCCCAUACCGUACGAUAUUGUUCAACCUCUAGCGCCUCCAGUCGAUAACUUACAAGGAUACUACAUGGAACCUGAAAUUGCCGGAAGACCAGACGGACCAAUGUAUGCCAGUCCAUCACCAGGACGCUGGAGACGGGCAGGAUCUUACCCAUUUCAGAAAGCACGUUCCGAUGAGAGAAGCCAUAACAAACUACCACGCUGCGUAGGUCGCCACGGCGGUUUUCCCAUGUCUCAAGUACCCGUCAUCGUCGAAUCAGGCGUUGGAGUCAUACCACAGAAGUCACUUCAGGACGUAGCUGCUCAGACGGUACCAUUACAGACUGCAACCUCAGUGCAAUGUGCCCUACAGAAUUCUUUGCCCCAAGUAGCGCAACCACAAGUUAUGCAGCCUCAACUACCCCAAAUGCCACUGGCAACUACGGCCACUGCUCCACUCCCUGUCGUACAGCCACCGCCAAUGUCGCUUGGACAGCCCCCAAUGCCGGCGGUACCUAUAAAUUCGCAAUCACCACCCAUAACAUCGUAUCCUUUUUCAGGACCGCAGUACGGUAGCCCUGCUUGGAAUCAAGAGUUGUAUCCAAAUACCACUCCAAGUGAAACAUUCUCCACGGAUGAGACUUCGGUUAUCGUGACCGUAGAUACUCAGCCGUUAUCUUCAAGUUAUAUGUCUUCUGGUCCUACACCUAUGGACUUCCCUGAUAAUCAGAGCAAUGAGGCCUGGUGGUCCCCCGAUGGGUACAUAAAGGGGAUGGGCAAACAAGCAAACGUCAUAAUAACCUUGAUUUUCCUUGUUGCCGUAGUGGCAUGUGUUUUAGCCAUCCUCAGUCACUUCGGAGCGGGGCGGGGACACGUACACGACUCGAUCGAAGACAACGAUGAUGAGUCACGCGUCAUGCACGGUCCAUGGUUCAGCCAAACUGGAGGAGGAAUUCAUAUGGAGCCUUACCGACUCUGUCGAACGUUGGAAUGCCAAAGAGAGGGCUUGUACCUCAGGAGACUAGUGGGCAGCGCAGGGGCCUGUCGGAACUUCUACGAUUAUGUGUGCGCGCGCAUCUGGAAGAAGCCUGGCAACGGAGGACCGUCCUCUGCUGACCUUAUGGUGAAGAGCGCGGAGUCGUCCAUUAUUAGCUACAUCAAGACCGGCAACGUGAAAGACAGGAUAAUAGAUGGAGCCAGAAACUUAUGGAAGGAAUGUAUGGAUGUUGAAACCAUCAGAAAACUCGGCAAGAAGCCAUUUACUGAAGUUCUCAACAAGGUUGGGUUGGACGGAUGGCCAUAUGGGCUUGCUGCCAAUGUCACAGGGAAGAGCAUCUGGACUGUGUCUGGAACGGUGAUGCGUUUGCUAAGUCUUAGCACUUUUCUAACUCUCUUCGUGGAGCCCACGAACAUCAACAGCACAGCUUUGGUAACUAUCCGGAAAAGUACGGUGGAAUCAUUUACCUCUUUCAACAACAAUGACACGGUUGAGGAGUUGUUUCAAAGAAUCAAAAAGAGACUAAACUUUCUGGAUCCAGACGACAAAAUGAACGAAGUCGCCAGUGACAUCUUGGAAUUUUCGCGAACUAUUUCCAACCUGAGUGACACUGAAAGGGACAGGGUGCCUAUCGACAAUCAAACAGAGUUUCGAACUUUCUUAUCGUCCGCUUUAUCGGGCAUUUUAGAUCUCAGUAAUGACACCGUAAUCAACAUCCAGCGUGCAGGAGAUGUGCAGGAGUUAUACCAAACGAUACAGUCAACGCCACCUAGAACAGUUCUCAAUUACUUGGGCUACGCCGUCGUGGACAAUCUCUGGCUGUUCUCUCCGCAAGGACAUUUAUCAUCGGAACAAAUACGAGCCAGAGAGCACGACUGCAUUCGCAUAGUGGAGCGGGCACUGCCGACACAAGUCCACUACCUAGGCUACCUCUCCACUAAGCGUCACCUGGAUUUUGCCUUUUUCACUGAUUUAGCUCACGACAUAAAGCACAAGGUUAUUCGCGACUUGGUAAACCUACCCUGGAUGGAUGCCAUCACAAAAACCCACGUCGUAAAGCAAAUGUCAAGCGUGCGGAUCAAAACCUUCUUUCCAAAAUGGAUGAUAUACAACCACACGCGUCCAGAAGCAUCUCAACGGAGCUAUAACCCUCUGGAAGCGCUUGUCUCUUAUCAGACAAUAAUGCAGCACAACUUCGAAGAAUCCAUCAAAGCUAGAGCCAUCAGAGAGGACGUCUUCUGGUUGGGAUCGGUGUUGGACCAGGAGUGCAGACAUGAUGAACAACGCAAUAUUAUUUUCUUGCCACUGUCUAUGGCUAAUACUACAAAGGGAGCUACGCGAUUUUUCCUCUAUUUCCACAUACCGCACGUGGGAGUAAAGCUUGCAAGGUGCCUUCUCGAGACUGUCGACGCUAAACAACACGGGAAUGUUUGGCGGCAGCGUGUUGUUCGGAAAGUGGAGAAUGUUCGCAACUGCCUCGAGAAGAAUCCCCUUUCUGCCGCAGUCCCAGCCCAGGAACUCGGUAAAAGACCGUCCAUUACUGCCAGUGACAUUUUCGAACACGCCGCCGUCAUGCAGGCCCACCAGCUUUUCACAAACAGGAUUCGAACGCUUAACAGGAACUUUCAGGACUGUCGAUUCGAUAAUGCCAAAGACUUGUCCGCUGACCAGCUGUUUUACAUCUACUACGUCAGCGGAAAGUGUCAGACAUAUAUAGACCGAAUGUCCCGGCAUGAAAUGUACCGAAGUUCGAAGCUGGUGAACCUAGUUCUGUCGCAGGACAGCUUGUUCCACAAGACGUUCAACUGCCGCCAGAAUACGACCAUGAAUCCAAUGAAGAAAUGCCAUAUCUGGAGACUGUAACACGGGCUCGAAAAGUGUGAAUAAUAAUAACGCAUUGAAAUUGAAUAACGCAAUUGAAAUAACACAUUGCACGGGCUUUAACGUAAUUGCCCGGUUGAAUGAAAAUAAAUAUUAUAAUUAUUGAUUUAA